AUGGCUAAGGUUUGGAAAAUAAGUAAACAUGCAGUGUUUCAUGAGUGCGGAGCAAAUGUCUUUACAUUAACAUUUGCUACACAUGCUGACAAGUAUAAGGUGUUAGAUGGGAAACCAUGGUUGUUCGAUAAUGGUUUGUUUGCUUUGAAGUUAUUUGAUGGGCUUAACCAGCCAAAUAAAAUCAGAUUUGAUUGUGAAGAGUUUUGGGUGCAGUUUCACAACCUACCGUUAGCAUAUAUGAAUCGAGUGUGUGGGGUGCAGAUCGGUAAGACAAUUGGCAAUGUGUUAGAAGUGGAUAUCCCGGAUGAUGGGAUAGGAUGGGAUAAGUUCCUACGAAUCAAGAUUGAAAUGAAGUUGCACCAAGCAUUGCCAAGAGGUAGAAUGAUUGGCGUGAAGGGUGAUAAAGUCUGGAUUCCAAUUAAAUAUGAAAAACUACCAAAAGUUUGCUUUAUGUGUGGGUAUAUAGCUCAUGAAGCAGGAGGAUGUACGUUGAAAAGUGAAAAUUUGGCUCAGCAUGCAGAAAAGAUUAUGCAAUUUGGCCCAAGGCUUCGUGCAGAGUCUACAUAUUCAAGGAGGAGUUAUUACAGUGGGAAGGUCAGCCAUGGGGAUAGCGAGAGGUGGAAGAUGAGACCAAAGGAGGGGGGGAAACCAAAAACUGAUUCAGGAGAGCAAAAUGGCGAAAAUCAAGGGGCUAAUUCAAAUUCAAAUUUGAAUUUGGAUUAG